CCACUUAGAACAAAUUUAUUAGAGUACUUGAGGAGGGUCAUUCUCUCUCACUCGUCAUCAAACUUUCAACCAUAAUUUUUAUUGAAUCAUUUGAGGCUAAGAAAUUUACUCUUGUUCACUGUUCAAAGUGCGCCAACCCAAAGAAUCUGGUCCCCAAUUCCACCCAAAUGAGAAAAAUAUACUCUUAAGUUCAUAUAUAUAUGAUCAAACAUUAGAUAAACUGGAAAUUUCCAAAUCAAAAAUCAUGGGUUUUUUCAGAUGUUUAUGUGUUUUUUUCACUCUUCAAUGUUUUUUGUUCAAACCCUUAUUAUCUGAUUCUGAUUCUGAGUUGUUUUUUAACUCAAAUGAGCUUCAAGAGAUCCCAAAAUACUUCCUUAAUCAAACCCAAAAAGCUGAGGUUUUUGAUUGGAUGGUGAAUAUUAGAAGGAAAUUGCAUGAAAACCCAGAACUUGGAUUUGAGGAAUUUGAGACUAGUAGGGUUAUUAGAGAGGAAUUGGAUAAAUUGGGUAUUUCUUACAAAUACCCACUUGCUGUAACUGGAGUUUUGGGUUUUAUUGGAACUGGGAAUCCUCCAUUUGUGGCUUUGAGGGCAGAUAUGGAUGCUCUUCCAAUUGAGGAAAUGGUGGAGUGGGAACAUAAGAGUAAAGUACCUGGAAAAAUGCAUGCUUGUGGGCAUGAUGCUCAUGUUGCCAUGUUGCUCGGUGCGGCAAGGAUUCUCCAAGAGAACCAACACAAGUUACAGGGAACAGUUGUUCUGGUUUUCCAACCAGGGGAGGAAGGAUACGGAGGCGCCAAGAAAAUGAUUGAGGCUGGAGCACUAGAGAAUGUUGAGGCCAUAUUUGCUUUGCAUGUCAAUUCUGGCUUACCUGUGGGUCAAGUUUCCUCUAGGCCUGGCCCACUCUUGGCUGGAAGUGGAUUCUUUCAGGCUGUAAUAAACGGUAAAGGUGGUCAUGCUGCUAUUCCUCAUCACUCAGUGGACCCGAUAUUGGCAGCCUCAAAUGUGAUAGUUAGCUUACAGCAUAUCGUUUCUCGUGAAGCUGAUCCCCUUGAUUCACAAGUUGUGACAGUAGGGAAGUUCCAAGGAGGUGGUGCCUUCAAUGUAAUUCCAGAUUCUGUCACUAUUGGUGGUACAUUCAGAGCCUUGUUAAAGGAAAGUCUUUUACGUCUCAAGCAGAGAAUCGGUGAGGUUAUCAUAAGCCAAGCUGCUGUCCAAAGGUGCACUGCAACUAUUGAUUUCUAUGAUAGUGAGAACUUUUACCCACCAACCAUAAAUGACGAAAACUUGCAUGAGCUCUUUACCAGAGUCGCUUCAGAUAUGCUUGGCUCUCGUAACGUGAAAGAAGCCAAGCCACUUACGGGAUCUGAGGAUUUCGCAUUUUAUCAAGAAGUGAUUCCUGGAUACUUGUUCUUUGUUGGUCUGAAAAAUGAGACGCGUGGUAUAUCUGGCUCAGAGCAUAACCCCAAGUUUAUGGUUAAUGAAGAUGUGCUUCCUUAUGGAGCGUCUCUUCAUGCCUCAUUGGCUGUUAGGUACCUUCUCGAAAAGGGAGCAAAAAUCCCAACACAAGAUAUAACACAUCAAUUUCAUGAUGAAUUGUAAGAUGUUCUUUCUUAAUUAUUAUUCUUCUACUACA